UAUAUCAUGCCGAUUUGGAUGAAGAAAGUCAUGACUGAAGAACCCUCAAAUCGAGUGUAAAACUGCGUCGUUUUUGUAACUGGUGAGUGGGUGCUUAUUUCAGGAGUUGGUUUCUGGUUUAUAGCCUUGACAGAAGUUGAAGAAUGGGCUCAGAGAAUACCGUCAAAGCCGUUGUUGUCAUAGCGAUCAUUGCCGUGCUUCUUGUUAUUAUCCUAGUGCCUUCAUCUUUUCAUGGAGUGGAGUAUUAUCAGUUUGGUUUUGUUCGAAGGAAAUCAACUGGAUCGGUGAACACUGACAAAGUCUAUACAAGUGGCUACUAUUUAAUUGGCAUAGAUUAUGAAUUCAAGAACUUCAAAGCUGAUGCCCACUUUGUUGACUUGGAGUCUGUUGCUGUUUUCACCAGUGAUAGAUUAGAGGUCAGGUUAGACUGCACUUUCCAGUAUUUCUUGCGGGAAGAAGAUUUGCAGGAUCUUCAUGAUACGUAUGACAUUCAGUAUGAGGAUAUCCUUCGUAACAAUGCCAUUGAUGAACUGAAGGGAGCCACGGUGGACUUCAGUACGCGGGACUUUGGUGAGAAGAGAGCUGAGAUUGAGAAGACUAUGUUUAAUGCAGUUAAGAAACGUCUGGGAGGAAACUGUUGUAAACCUGGAUGUCAGAACUCACCAGAAGGUUGUGAAGUUGGAUGUAAAAAAGUUGAAGAUUGCACCAAGGAAGACAAGGGAUUCUUUGCGGAUGUGCGCUACUUCCAGCUUGGGUUUGUGGACAUCCCUGAUGAUGUCAUCAGCCGCAACUUGCAGACGCUGACACAGUUGGAAGAUGGCUUUCGUGAGGAGUACAUCCAGCUAGCUCAGCUUGUUAGAAUACGUACCGAAGAAAUGGUGACACAGAUUCAAAAUGCAGCCGAAGAGAUAUCCCAGAAUGCAACUGCCCAAGCUGCGCUGAUCCUGUCCCAGGCAAACGCUGAGGCUCGAGCAGUCGUAGAGGAUUCCUACAACCGUGGGCUGUCCAAACUGUACACUGAUCUAGGCAUCACGAACCAAGACCAAAAAGCCUCCCUCAACUACAUUAGGACAUUACGAGACCAGACUAAUGUGUUCUUGACAGUGAACUUCAAUACGUUGGUGACAGGGCCGGUGUAUGGUGGCCAGACAUAAAACAGGCUACAUGGUGGCCAUGAUAAAGGAAAAUCUUGUUUCAGGUAUAGAGCUUUCUUCAAGAUACCAGUUUAUAGAAGCAGGUUUGUAUAAUAAUUACUUUUCAAGUUAAACAGAAUUUGUGUACUGUUAAGGAAUGUUUGUGAUUAUAACACCUCACCAACAGAUUCUGUAUCUUGAUUGGCUGAGAGCUAGUCACGUGGCAUUUGCUUUUUUUGCUAUCUUGCUUUACAUGAUCAAAAGAACCAUGCCCGUAGCAGACAGAGAAUUACAUGCAUAAUUACCAGCAUUGAGUGCAAAUGUGUAUUGGUGUACAUGAUGCACAUUGUGGGAAUUCCAAAGUGCUGAUACUAAAGAGCUUGGUUCAGACAUUGCAUAAAAAGGUGGUUUGGAAAAGUACUGAUAAAUUAUCUACAAAUUUGGGUUCAAACAGAUCAAAUAACCUAUUGCUGGUUAUCGCUCAACUCAAGCAGAAUCUGUGGGAGAGGUAUUGUCAAACAAAUACUGACUUGUUGAUCUCAUGGUGAAGUAAAACUAGUCUCUCAGGAGAGCAUUCAGGAGCAUUCUAUUUUCCCUUAACUUCGCCUUAGAAAAAUGAAAUGUUCCAUGGAUCACCUUUGGAGGCUAGUUUUACCACACCACUCGAAGCAGUCAGUAUUUGUAUCUCAUUGAAUGCUGAGAAAUGUGUCAAAUAACGUGAUAGAGCCUGGAAGUGGAUUCAUGAGGUGUACUUCUAAAGGGGAAAGUGAACAAUUAGGAUUUCACACAGAAAAAUGGCUAUUGUGAAAUAUUUCUAUUUUAUCAAUUCUUAAAGACCUUCAAAUUGCCCGUUUUGAAAUGAGAAAAAAAUUCAUAUUCAGCAAUCACUGGAACAUAUGCAGCACAAGGCUGUAUCCAAAUCAGUUGGCUGUGGUUUAACACAUAAAUGUAUCUAUGGGAUCUUGCUGCAGCUACUUCUGAGUGGCUUACUCGGCUGGACCUUGGAGCUAUAGCUCCAUGGCUGUGGACUUACCAUUUCAAGUCGCUGCCUAAUUUGCAUGUGAGUUGUACAUACAAUAUGUAUAGAUUGGACGCACAAUGAUACUGAAGGUCACUGGAUGGACUUAUACUUUCCUGCACUGUGAUUAAACCAUUAAGAGAGAUUCUGUUUCAAUGUGGCUGCAUUUUUAUACAAUUGUAUAAAUACUUUAAAUACUGUGUUUACUGCGUAUCUUAAAUAAAAUAUAAAAUAACCCAAACCAUGUACUUCUGAGGCAUCAAUGCGAAGGUUUUACUUCUAAUCUGAGGCUGCAUCUGACACUAUUGUCUACAUGUAGGGCUAAGUGCAGGUCAUCCACCAUUCAAAAUCUUAAAGCGGGAACAAGCCAACAUGGCCAUACCUCUGGACACCUAUUUUAGACAAGGCUCGAGAUUAAAAAAAAAGCUUGACAAAGACAGAUUUUAGUAGCAGAAUAAUGUGAUAUUUGGACAGUCUGAAUUCUUGUUUUGUAUUUAACAGUAGAGAUUCCAGAAAAUAGCUUAGCUUUGUCAUGAGGAGUCACUGAUAGCUGAUUUCUGGCUGGGUUUUUUCUCGUGAAAAAUUAGGCACAUUGUAAUCUAUGUCUCAGUUUGCAGCACUUACUCAAUGUGCAGAUGACAUUUGUUAAUGUUUAGAAACCCCAUCAUCACCUGUAUCAUAUUUAUAUAUCAAUUGUGUUUAUUCCCUGAUGAAUCUAGAAAAGCAGGAGUGCAGAGAGUAAGCAGCCAGGAGGUUGGGGAUAGAACAGGUCUCAGAGGAAUAUGGUCUGAUAUUUAAUAGAAUAUUACAGUCAUUAAGCCUAACAAUUAUGCAGUUCUUAAUUGGAUUCCAAGUAACUUAGUGGUAGCAAUCUUUGAAGGUAUUCAUACAAAUAUAAUUCAAAUUUAUAGUUUCUGAAAUCUGAGAAAAAUUUCAGUAGUGUGAAUUAUAUUUACACUCCUUCCUUCAGUGGCAAGUACUUCUUUCAAAUGACAUUUCUUCAUGUUUAUCUAUUCUUUAAUCUACAUGUAUUUUAGUUUAACUUUAGCCCACUGUUCAGAAUGUUCAUUUGGUCAGUAGGCAGUUUUUGGUGUUAGAAAACUCAAAUGUACAUGUAAAUGAAGCUACAUAUUUGGAGCUUUCCCUCCAUCAGUAAUUCACUAAUUGGUAUAUCUAUUCACAUUUUUGUACUGAGAUAAUUUGUGUUUCAUGAUCUGUAGAUAUUCCAGAAUGAUAAGUGUGACUAUUAAAUGUGAUGACAUUUAGGUAACAGAGAGACUAUAAGCAGGUCAAGUUUAAAUAAAAAAAUGGUAGUUUAUUGAAAGUGAGGGAAUUUGGAAAAUCAAAAUCACAUGACGAUUACAAGAUUUCAUCUGAUUACCAUGACACAAAGCCAAUGAAUUACAGAACGGAGGCCGUUGCAUUUCA